AUACUCAAAAGCCCAAAAGGUCAUCACUAACCAAGCCGUCGAGGGUUUCGAUUUACUCGGAAUCUGUCUCCGGCGCCGGCGACCUGCGACGGCGAGCUCCGCCUCCGCCGCCUCCUCCUCCCCCCCAACCGCAUCCCCUCAGGCGAGGUUUCUCCUCUGUGAUUCGGAUAUGAAGAGGGCGGCGCCGUCCUUGGAGCCCCAGGACGUGUCUUCCGGCACUUCUUCGAGCUCGGAUUCCGACCAAGAGGCCGGCAAGGGGCAGGGCGGGAACGUUUCCAAAGCUGCUGCGACAGCAGAAGAUGCAAAGAGGGGGACGCUGCACGAAGAACCGCAGGAUGUAUAUUCUGAUGAUUCCAUGAGCUCGGAUUCUGAUGAUGAGGCCAGUAAGGGGAAUGGUUGGAACACCUUUGGUCUGCCCAGUUCCUCCAAAGCUGCUUCGACGGCAGAAGGUGCUCUGAUCAGGAGGGCGAAAAUGUAUCAACAUUUCAUGAAGCACAUUCCAGUUCCUGCUUACCGUGAUUCCGUAAUCCCAUUCUCAUCCUGGCUGGGACUCGGCAGAUCACUGAAGCAGUUGUAUGACCAACCCUUGCAUUACCUCACUAAUGUCCUAUUGAAAAGGUGGGAUCAGCAAAGGAUUGGGAGUGAUGAUGAGCAUCGGCGUCUUGAUGCUAUCAUCCACCCUGUGAGAGCUGAGACCCUAAUUUGGGCUACUGAAGAAGUCCAUAGGCUGACCACCUCUGGCCAGCACUUAGCUAGUCUCUGGGCGUCAGAUCCCAUGUAUCACGCUUGCAUAGAUCCAGUGUUCCCUUCCAUAAAGUUGGAUUAGCAAACUUUACAAGCUGGGCCUUUUUGUUGUCUAUUUUGGGACGGCUGCAAGCCUGCACAGUUUUGUUUGCUCAAUAGCAAGUUUCAAUGUAGUAAUAUGAACUCCAAGUGAUCGUUGUUCCAACUUCCAAGUAUUUAUUUUAACGUUGUUUUUAGCUCUUGAACAGUCGCCAUGUCAAAGAAGAAAACUGGUGGUGUGGAUCUCAGUGCUUUGAGCCGGCAUGGAUACUGUGGUGGCCCAUCUGUCUUGACAGUUCGUCCUCAGCAGGAAUCUAACUGGUCAUGGUCCACCGGAAAAGACCGUGAUGACAAAGAAGCUGCACCCGAGUCCUAUGAAGAACGGGAGCGCACGAGGGCUGCUGUAACUGAAGGAGAGAAGCUUAUUGGUGUGCAGAAUGCACCGCCGAACCAGUUACUAUUAGAGAAAGACCAUAAGAAUGCUUCCUUCUCGCAGAAGGAGAAGCGGAAGAGGGACCGUGGUCAGGCCAGCAGAGGGAAGAACUAUGUUGAGGAGGAGAAGCGGCUCCUGAGAGGGAGUGGGAUUUACUCUGGCUUUGAUACUUGACAUUACCUGUUAUGAAUGCAGUAAGACUUCUAAUAUGUCUGCCUACUGAUUAAUCCUUUGUUUUCAAGCUUCAUCUUGUGCUUUGGCUGUUGUUGUGUCGCUAAAAUACUAGUGUGUCUGUGAGUGUAGGGCUGGUUAGCGUUGAGCUUCCUUUGAUAUGGGACUGAAGUUUGGACUUUGGAUAUGCCUAUAUACUGCUACUCAAAUAGUACUGCUGCGAUCGAUAUGUAUUUCAUGCCCUA